AAAAUUUAAAUCAAGAAUAUGAAUAAUGAUAAACAGUUUAAAAAAGGUCACACGUACCUUCAAUGGAUGUUUGCUUUAUUGGCGAACUCUCCGUUAUUUGUUUAUGGAUUGGAGUGCGGCUGGAUCUCCCCAACUACAAAGAUCCUUCAAUCCAAUGCUUCUCCAACUGGCUACCCUCUAUCUAACAACACCGUAGCUUGGAUCGCAAGUUCCAUGAGUAUGUCAGCCAUUUUUGGAGUGUCAAUGUAUUCAUACAUUGCUGACACUUAUGGGAGAAAGAUAGGGAUCAUACUCAUCACAAUCUUUGAAGCGGUAUCGUGGACAAUAAAACUAUCCUACACAUCGACUACAACGCUUAUAAUAGCAAGGUUGUUCUCUGGCUUGGCAGCCGGUGGAUGUUUCAACGUAGUACCCAUGUAUGUUAAGGAAAUAAGUCAAGAUGAUUUAAGAGGAAUACUGGGGACACUCAUAAUGCUGAUGCAAACAACUGGAAUACUUGUAAUGUACCUCAUUGGAGCAUAUUUAGAUUAUUACACAGUCGUCAUCGUGGCGUUGAUAUUACCGAUUGUUACUUCCGUGUUGUUAUUGAAAGGUCCUGAAUCGCCUGCGUUCCUGGUGAAGCGAGGGAAAAUUGAUGAGGCAACAAAAACAGUAGCACGUCUCCGAGGUCUAGAGGAAGAUGAUAAAAUUAUUCAGAGUAUUGUUGAAGGAAUGAAGAACGAAGAUGCACGUUUCAAAUCACUCCCCAAUAUGAGCAUCGCAAGCAUAUUAAGAGACAAGACUUGGCGUCGUAGCUUCAUACUAAUUAUGACGUUAUUUUUAUUCCACGGAUUAAACGGAGCUUAUGCCAUCAUAACCUAUGCAUCUACCGUGUUGAUAUCAACUGGUGUCAAAUUCGACAUAAGUCCAGAAAUACAAACGCUAAGUUUUCCAAUAGUAAUGAUAAUUGGCUCCCUGACUCUCGCUGUGAUCGUUGAAAGGUGUGGAAGAAAGCCUCUCCUAAUCGGCUGUUUCCUAAUAUCAGCGAUAUCAAUGACCGUCAUCGCUAUAUUAAUUAUUGUUCAAGAGCAAGGUGGUUCCGUACCCAGUUGGUUGCCCGUGGUUGCUAUCAUACUCUCCGUAACAAUGUACGGUGCCGGUGUUUCGUCACUGCCAUAUAUUAUAUUGACAGAAAUGUUCAGUUUUCAAAUCCGAGCUAAAGUCGUAGGCACAGUUGUCACUUUCGCGUGGUUUUUAACAUUUUUAUUGGUUACCAUGUAUGCGCCAAUGGCAAAUAUCUUAGGACAAUAUUCGCCAUUCAUAUUUUACGGUGUGAUUAAUCUCGCAGGCGCAAUUUUUACUAUGUUAUUUAUACCGGAAACGAAAGGAAAAAGUGAAGAAGAAAUUAUUCAACUAAUACGAAGAAGGGAUAAGAAUAGCUUAAAAUAAAUUAAGUUAUUAUAUG